UUACAUUUCACAUAAUUUUUGGGUGGAGAAAAGCAGGAGUCCAGGGGAAAACACGAAAUUCCAAAGAAAUAGGCGAAAUUCAAAAUUACCAAAGGAUGUCGCACAGGGAGCGAGGUGGAGGAGUUGUAAAAAGGGAUUUAUCAAAUAAUUGGGAUGCUGAAAGGACUGCCCGAUUUUUUUGGGGUAUGCAGGAAAAUGAGGUGCGAACGAUGCAUUACUUGGGCCUGGCUUACAUAGUCUUGUCCCGUCGCCCAAGGUUGCAAGUGAAGGUUCCACUGUCCACCCAAAACUACGAAGAUGGAGCGAAUGUGGGAGCGGGGGAGCGAGGAGGCUCUGCCCUCCAGUUGGUCUUCACCUGUCCAUCGAAUUAUCCGCUCCAGGUGCCGCAGGUGGAGAUCGUGGAGAAGCGCAACAUCAGCGAGUCCUUGGAACAGGCUCUCCACGGAGAGAUUGCCCAGACUUUGGAGCAGCACUUGGGCCUCCAGAUGAUUGUGCCUGUGGUGACCCGGCUGCAAAUGCUGAUAAACAAGGAGGUGAGGAGGCAGCCCACCCAGUAACGUGCCCUCUAGGUGGCUACCAUCAAUAUCUCCUGUCAUUAAUAUUAUAUCUUCCUCCCCUUCUUAAGAGCAAAUAUAAUUUAUUGGCACUUGUUUUUAA